CCGAGGGCGGCCCGGGGCCGGGGCCGCAGCCGGGCUCCAGCUGGGUGCUGGGCGGGGGCCGAACGCUCGGCCCGCCAUGGAGGUGGAGGAGGCGUUCCAGGCGGUGGGCGAGAUGGGCAUCUACCAGAUGUACCUGUGCUUCCUGCUGGCCGUGCUGCUGCAGCUCUACGUGGCCACGGAAGCCAUCCUCAUUGCGCUGGUCGGGGCCACACCGUCGUACCACUGGGACCUGGCCGAGCUCCUGCCCAACCAGAGCCACAGCAACCAGUCGGCUGGUGAAGACCAGGCCCUCGGGGCCUGGCUCCUGACGGCCAACGGCAGCGAGAUGCACAAGCACGUGCACUUCAGUAGCAGCUUUACCUCCAUCGCCUCCGAGUGGUUUUUAAUUGCCAACAGAUCUUACAAAGUGAGUGCAGCAAGCUCUUUUUUCUUCAGUGGAGUGUUUGUGGGAGUUAUCACUUUCGGUCAACUCUCUGAUCGCUUCGGAAGGAAGAAAGUCUAUCUCACAGGUUUUGCUCUUGACAUCUUGUUUGCUAUUGCAAAUGGCUUUUCCCCUUCAUAUGAGUUCUUUGCAAUAACUCGCUUCCUGGUGGGCAUGAUGAAUGGAGGAAUGUCACUAGUGGCCUUUGUCCUGCUGAACGAAUGUGUGGGCACCGCCUACUGGGCACUCGCAGGGUCAAUUGGUGGCCUCUUCUUCGCAGUCGGCAUCGCCCAAUAUGCCCUGUUGGGAUACUUCAUCCGUUCCUGGAGGACCCUAGCCAUACUGGUUAACCUGCAGGGAACAGUGGUCUUUCUCUUAUCUUUAUCCAUUCCUGAGUCGCCUCGUUGGUUGUACUCCCAGGGUCGGCUGCGUGAAGCUGAAGCCGCCCUGUGCCUCAUCGCCAAGAGGAACCGGCAGCUCAGGCGCAGCUUCUCACUGGCACACCCAGCCGACGGGAGCUGCGAGGAGGCCGGCAGCUUCCUGGACCUGUUUCGUCACCGGGUGCUCCUGGGGCACACGCUGACCCUGAUGUUCAUCUGGUUCGUGUGCAGCCUGGUGUAUUAUGGCCUCACUCUGAGUGCAGGUGAUCUAGGGGGAAGCAUUUAUGCCAACUUGGCCCUGUCUGGCCUCAUAGAGAUUCCGUCUUACCCUGUCUGCAUCUACUUGAUUAACCAAAGAUGGUUUGGUCGGAAGCGGACAUUGGCAGCAUUUCUGUGCCUCGGAGGACUGGCUUGUCUUAUUGUCAUCUUUCUUCCAGAAAAGAAAGACACAGGUGUGUUUGCAGUGGUGAACAGCCAUUCCUUGUCCCUGCUGGGAAAGCUGACCAUCAGCGCGGCCUUCAACAUUGUGUAUAUCUACACCUCGGAGCUAUACCCCACAGUCAUCAGGAAUGUUGGGCUUGGAACUUGCUCCAUGUUCUCCCGAGUUGGUGGGAUCAUUGCUCCCUUCAUCCCCUCACUGAAGUAUGUGCAGUGGUCUUUACCCUUCAUUGUCUUUGGAGCCACAGGGCUGACCUCAGGCCUCCUGAGUUUAUUAUUGCCAGAAACCCUUAACAGCCCAUUGCUGGAGACAUUUUCUGACCUUCAAGUAUACUCAUAUCGGAGGCUAGGGGAGGAAGCAUUAUCUUUACAGACCUUGGAUCCCCCUCAGUCUGUGGACAAGGAGAGCCCUUUAGGGAGCGAGAGUGAUGAAGAGGAAGAGUUUUACGAUGCGGAUGAGGAGACUCAGAUGAUCAAGUGAGAGCCCCAGGUUCCUCCUCGGAAGCCGAGGAUCAUCUUCUGUGGCUCUGUCGAGGGCAGGUGCUCCUGGGAAAUUGCAGAGAGCUGUGGAAAGAAAGGCUUGAACAAACAAGGUACUCAGUGUGGCCUGAUGUUUUAUAGGCACCAAGAAAGUUGGAGAAGAGAUUUCCGUGAACAGGACAUCACUGCUUUGAGUGAAGAGCUAUUACUUUGCCUACAAUUGAGAUAUAGUGCAGAAUCAUGACCUUUGGCCAGAUUGCUCAAUUCUGCAUGCCAGAGUGGUAAACUCAGUUGUUUCUAGACAUUUGAUUAUGUUGCCUUUCAACUUCAUUGUGACCUAAAGGCAAAUAUGUAAAAUUUCUUCUCACCAUUAAGAUGGAAUCUGUGUACCAGAUUUGACGUCUGCCUGUCUGGAUUGCUCCUCACCAGGAAUCUUUGGAGGCAAGUUGAUGUUAGCAUUGCAUUCAUUUUUGUGCCAGAAGAAAAGCAUUGUGAGAUUGUUUGUGUGACCGGAGGCCCUCCAGCUUUACCCCAGGAGAUGAAAUCUGGGCCCUCAGCUUGGUCCCUGGUUCAGUGAUUGGUUCCAGCUCCUCGUGUUAGUCCGACAGAUGACCCACUAGAGAAAUCCAGCUGCACCAAAGUAAUGUUCAGAGUCCAAGGUGUGGCUGCACCCCCACCCCCCACCCCCAGCAGCUCCCUUUGAUACGUAAAUUUCCAUCUCAGAUUCUAGUACCAGCAAAACUUCCAAACAUGCCCAGUAAAUGAUGACAUUUUAUAGAGGGGAAGGGAAGUUAAAAAGUAAUAUGCUGAGCCCUUUUGUUGAGCCCUUGGAUGUUUAAAGAGGAGAAAAAAGAUGCCGCUUUUAAUAAGGAGGAAAAGAACGUCAUCUUUCACAGUUUUCCGUUUGUUUUGUCUUCAGUGUUGUGCAAGGAGGAACUUGGGCAACCUUUAAGGACUUGAACUCAUUUAGUCCUAGGUCAGCCCCAGCCUGUUUAAUUUAGCUAGAAUGGAAGGCGCAGGAAUUUCCUAGGAAAUGUUGGUUUUCAUUAAGUACCACUGGCUUUCAAAUAAAAUCAGUCAUACUGUUUCCUCAAAUUGUGCCAGAAGUGUUUCCUGUGAAACUCGAGUGUUAUCUCAAAAAGAAGUGUUAUCUUGGAGUCAAUAAGCUUGGACAGCAUUGCUUUAGGUCAGUUUCCCAACUGGGACUGCUUCUGUGUUUUCAGAAUUUCCAUUUCUGCUAAUCUCUUGGAGAAAAAGAAACUUCAUUAGAAAUAGAAGUCAUCACUGUGUCUGUUUCUGGAAAUCUUGGAGGACUCACCUCGAGUUGGCUCCAGCCCUCUCCUGUCUUCUUCCAUUUGCCUCUUGGUUUGUACUAUACUAGCCUGUACCUUUGUAUUUGUUAAAGUGUUUUAUAUCCUUCAUGCCCUUAUGUAUUGGGCUCUUUAUAAAUAGGAAGCAUCUCUGCUACUGUUUAUUUCUCUCCGCUGUGCCCAGAACACACUAUGUAUUGCUGUUUCUAGCCAUCAAGGAAGUUGUAGAACUCCUGCCAGUAUCGUUUUUGGCCAUCCCAGGCAAAUCUGACCCAAACCCCCAAACUGUGGAAUCUUGGCAUCUUUCUCUGGGCGAUGGAGACCCUGCCCACCAUCAGGAGAAGAAGAAAGAAGAACUUAGAAGGACACUUAGAAGCUCUUUGUUGUGACGUUAAAGGGAAAACAACCGGCUAACAUAUGGUGAUUCUUGUCUGGUUGUCAGCCUCUUUGCAUUAUAAGAGUAAUAACCCCAUUAUCAAAAAAUGUGGAAACUAGAAGCUAAAAAAAUGUAUUACUCAUAGACUCAACACCCAGAGACAGCCAGUGUUGUGGCUUUGUUCUCCUUGAAGACCGACUGGUAGCCCAUCUCUUUUGCUGGCACUGGGGUUCCCUCUGCCUCUGACUAGAUGAAUGAGCAUUCCAUUAGUUCUGUCCCUGAGUGUUCUCUUUUUCCAGCUCUAGGGGAGAAGAAGGGAGGGAAGGAAACACAGUUGGAACAUAUGUCGCUAAGGCUGGACUUCCAGCUGCCUGUGUCAGAUGUGCCACUGUGUUUCUUUAGUGUUUCUUUCUUGAUGGUCUUUUGGCAAAGUUUAAUAAUUUGCCUUUUAUAGAAACAGAUUUUGUUUCCUUUUUGCUGUUAACUGUUGAAAAAUAGUGAUUGUGGAGAUUGUGCACAUGAGUACAUUUGUGUUGAUUAAAUUAUUGGAAAACUCCUAAUUAUAGAUAACAUAUGUUGUUUGUUCAGAUGAUUUGUAAAAGGUUUCCUUUUAAAUGUCUAUAUUGUAUUCAAAAUUAAAUUUCUUUUCUCCAGAAAAGCAACAAGAAAAAUGUAAGACACCUGAGAAAUCCCAGGGCUUCCAGCAUCUAAGAUCUUAUCAACAGCUUGUCCAGAACUUAAGCACCAUACAGAUGUCUUGAAAGAAACUGUGCUGUAGUUUUCUGAUCAGUAAGUUAAAAACCACUGCCCAUUGAAAAUGCAGUAUUUGUCAUUUGGCUGAUUUCAAGUGACAACAGACAUUCUUUAGUAUCUAAAAAUAAAGAAAAAAACACAAAUACAAUAAGUAAGAAGCAAAUAAAUGUUCCUGGGACACUGCCCAAGUAAAUUUGAUCUGGACAAGUAUUUUUAUAGAGGUCAAAUUGAUAAAGAUACUUCUAAUAGAUUUAUAUUCUUAACAAAAACAUUGCAGUAAUUCUCUCUACUAAACCAGAAUUAAAAUGCAGCUUUCUAAUAGAACUGAGUCCUCCAUUACAAUUUUUUAUUAGAUCAUUAGUUCUUAAAUUGGACAUCUAUAAACGAUUUUUUUCAGUAAAUAAAAUGCAGCUUUUUUGGCUUCUUAUGAGUUUGAUAGAGAAUUGUAAAACAUAGGCUUUUUCUUUUGUUCUUACAGAAUAUGUCAGGGUGUAUGCCGUAGCAUCUUUGACAAAUGGAACAAAUAUAGAUUACGCUAGUAACUGGGUGGUUUGUGGGACAGGGGCUAUAGCAAGUUUAAGGAGUUGGUGGAAACAGAAGAUAACUAUAAAAAUAUAUCUAGAAGGAGAAAAAUGCAAAGAUAGGGCAUGGUUAGAGAAUUUAUCUGUGUAGUGUAUUAGAGGGAAAGACCUUAUGGUUAUCUCAAUAGAUGUUCUUAGUUGCUCAGUUGGGUCCGACUCUUUGCAACUCCAUGGACUUA